CCACACGGGUGACAAUAGCUCACCGUUUCCCCCUCUCUCUUAUACACACACAAAUACUCAACUCACAAACAGGACACGACCAGAGAGGACACAGGAAACAAGGGGGAGAUCAGCAGUCAGUCUGGUUGUUUGUUGUUUAGUAAGUGGAAGUUAUUUAUUUGUUUGCUGUGCUACGGUGACGGAUCAGGAUGUCAGGACAAAACAGUGAUCAACUGCACCGCACCACUCUGGCCAUUUAUACGAGCGUAAUGGAGCAGUUCAACCCAAGCUUGCAGAGACUGGUGACACUGGGAAACAGCUACAUUCAGGCUUUCCAAGCCCUUGCCGUCACCAGUGAGGCCUAUUUCAAUGCUCUGUCUAAGAUGGGUGAACAGGCCAUGCAAACUAUGUCAUCGCACUUGCUAGGUGACGUGUUAAUACAGAUCUCAGACAGUCAGAGAAGACUCACCAAUGAGAUGGAGGGAGUGUUCCGCUGGUUCCACUCCGAGGUCCUUCAAGAGAUGGACAACAAUGUCAGACUAGAUAAAGAUUACAUAUCGAACAGCAGGAGGCGCUAUGAGAUGGAGGUGAGAAACCAGGCAACAGCACUGGAGAGACAGAUGAGGCGAGGGGUCCCACAGGAUGGCAGUGAGUAUGUGCACUUCCUCAGAGAGUGUCAGAAAGACGCAUUAAAGGAGGAAGAAAGAAGAUAUCGAUUCCUGGCGGAGAAACACUGCGGACUCACCCAGUCUAUUGCAUAUCUCAUGAACAAGACAGGGGGCGGCCUGCAAAACAGAGCAGAGGGCUGGAAAGAUCUGGUGAAUCACACAAGAGAAUCCCAUCCACGCACUCCUUCACGACUGGAGGAGAACAUUCCUGAUGUUAACCGCUGGGCAGAGCAGCCACUGGGAACGGUGCCCUCUAGAGGCCCCUCCCCCCAGCCCAGUCGUUCCAACUCAGUCUCAGGAUUGGCUGGUGGCAAAGUGAUGCGAGCACUGGUGCCCCACCCUCCCAAUGCUAACUCCACCCUCCUGCCAUUCUCUCGGGGAGAAGCCAUCACACUGCUCCUUAAAGAGCCUAGGAACGGCUGGCUGUAUGGAUGUUCUGAUAGCUCUGGACGGCAAGGCUGGUUCCCUGCUGCUUAUGUAGGCCCCAUGAAUGAACCACCUGGGCCACCUGUCUCCAGUAGCAGUUCUUUUAGAAGCAGCAGUAUGAGUAACCUCCUCGAUCAAACUGUGAGCAGCAGCCAACAAAUAACUCCGCCUGCAGCUCCUCCGCCACCUUCUCCAUCAACCAGAUCUAACUCCAGGCCCGUCACUCCCACCCCUUCAGAAAACAGAAGACAAGAUCAAUUUGAGUCUCGACCAGAUCUUUUUCCAAGAGGCACGAAUCCAUUUGCCACCGUGAAGCUGAAACCCACCAAAACCAAUGACAGAUCAGCUCCACGCAUAUGAAAGAUAUGUCAACCAAUGGCAACAAUUCUUCAACAGCUAAUCACUGCUCCACAAUUUACUAUACAUUGUUCAUCCAUAUUUAAAAACAUUAACUAUCCAGCAUAAUCAGUACAAAGCAUCACAUUUAAGACAAUGCAACUCAACAAUGAUUAAUGACUGAUCUUUAAAAGUCUGCUUGUUCAUGCAGUCUUUUUUAUAUGCAGAUGAUUCUGCGCUGAUUGUUUCUCACAAGGAUAAGAAUAUGAUUGAAAGCAUUCUUAGCACAGAACUCCUAAAGGUUAGGAUGUGGAUGGCUGAUAACAGAUUAUCACUUCAUUUAGGGAAAACUGAAUCCCUAUUGUUUGGAACAAAGAUAAAGUUAAAGAAAGCCUCAUGUUUUAAGGUCCUAGCUGGAGAUAUUGUAAUUAAGGAAUCAAUCAGUUAUCUUGGAUGUUAGAUUGUAAUUUAUCUGGAGUAGGUCCAGCCAGCGGUAAUCACCAAAGUUAAUCAGAGAGUUAUCAACGUUUUUGGAUGAAAAAACAAAGCUAGUUUUGGCAGUAGCUUUAAUUCAGCCAUUUUUGGAUUAUGCUUGUGGUGCAUGGUACAAUGGUCUCAGAGUAAACCUGAAACAUAGGCUUCAGACGUCUCAAAAUAAAUUAUUAAGGCUAAUUUUAGACCUCCCCAUUAGAACUCAUCUGGAAUCUUCCCACUUUGAAUGGGUGGGAUGGUUGAAAGUUGAGGAUCGAGUGUCUCAGAUGCAGCUGGGUAUGGUACAUCAAAUUGUUUAUGGAGAUGUUCCUACAUAUUUUAGAAAUUAUUUUAAUAUAGUAAAUGAAGUUCACAGGUACUCCACUAGGGGUAGCUCAACCGAUUUUGUACCCCCCAAACAGUCUUUUCUUUAUGUUGGAACUACCUGGUACACUCAAGACAGUAAGAAGUAUAGGUAAUUUUAAACAAGGUCUGAAAUUAUGGUUUAGGGGCCAAUUGUAGUUUUAUAAUACCAUAGUUUAUUUUUUCUGUACAAUAUGUAUGAAUUUGGUUAAUGUAUGUGAAUGAUUGAUGUAUGAUGUGUUGCCACUUGACUUCUUCCGCUGCCUUUAUAAGUGACCACAAUAGAAAUAAGUCUUCGGGCUUUAUUGUGUUA